GAUUAUAAAUUACCUGAAUAAAUAAUAAAAUCGAAAAUGGCAGAUUCAGACGUGGUGGAUUUGGAUUUGACUAUUGAUGAUUUUGUACCUAAAAGUCCUGAAAGACAAGCUGAAGAAAAAAAAGAAAAUGGAAACCACCUUUACAAAUUCAAAAACUACAAGGGCGCCUUGACCAUGUAUGAUGAAGCCAUCAAGCUCUGUCCAGACAAUGCUUCAUACUAUGGCAAUAGAUCUGCCUGCUAUAUGAUGCUGGGAAACUAUAAGAAGGCUUUGGAAGACGCGCAGAAGUCGGUUGCUCUGGACCCUGCAUUCACAAAGGGUUACAUCCGUAUUGCUAAAUGCUGCAUUGCUUUAGGUGAUCUCCCGAGUGGGGAGCAGGCAGUUAAGCGUGCGACAGAGCUGGGCGGUGCCGACUGUGCUACGAGUGAGCGCCGCGCUUUGGAGUCCCUUCGUCGUUUGCACGAGGACGCACAACGCGCCAUGGAAGCUGGAGAUUACCGACGCGUGGUUUUCUGUAUGGAUAGAUGCCUGGACUACAGCCCUUCCAGCGCCAAAGCGAAGCUUACAAAAGCCGAAUGUUUGGCCAUGCUUGGGCGGUGCCAGGAGGCACAGGAAAUUGCGAACGAUUCUUUGAGGUUUGACAGUUUCGACGCCGAGGCAAUCUACGUCAGGGGACUGUGCCUUUAUUUUGAGGACAAAGAUGAACAGGCAUUCAAACACUUCCAACAAGUAUUGCGGCUUGCUCCAGAUCACAAAAAGGCAAUGGAAAUUUAUAAAAAGGCUAAACUACUGAAACAGAAGAAAGAAGAAGGUAACGAAGCAUUUAAAAUGGGCCGAUGGCAGCAAGCCUUGGAAUUGUAUAAUGAAGCAUUAACCAUCGACAAAAACAACAAGGCUGUCAAUGCCAAACUCUAUUUCAACAAGGCCACUGUGUGCUCAAAACUGAAUCAAACUAAAGACGCUGUAGAGGCUUGCACACGCGCCUUGGAGCUCGAUGAAAAUUACGUGAAAGCGCUUUUACGACGGGCCAAGUGUUAUACCGAACUUGGCGAAUUUGAAGAAGCUGUAAAAGACUAUGAAAGACUAUACAAAAUCGAUAAAAGCAAAGAGAAUAAGCAACUGCUCCAUGAAGCAAAAAUGGCGCUUAAAAAAUCCAAACGCAAAGACUAUUACAAAAUUCUUGGCAUUGAGAAAAGCGCUUCUGAAGGUGAUAUUAAGAAAGCUUACAGAAAGCGUGCCCUCGUGCACCACCCUGACCGGCAUGCUGGUGCUUCGGACAACGAGCGUCGCGAACAAGAACGCAAAUUUAAGGAAGUAGGUGAAGCGUACGGCAUUCUCAGUGAUCCCAAGAAGCGCGCCCGCUACGACCAAGGACAGGAUCUUGAUGAAGACGGUUCCGGCAUGGCAGAUAUUGACCCGAAUGUAGUGUUCCAAACAUUCUUCAACCGCGGUGGCCAGCAUUUUGACUUCCACUCUGGAGGCGGUUUCCCAGGCACGGCAUUCAGCUUUCAAUUCGGCUAAACACGCCCGCCGUAACCACAUACAACGUUUAAAUCUUCGAAACAAAAUUAUAAACUUAUAUGUGUAGUGUAUGAAACAAACGUUUGACAGAUGGCAUUAAAUAAUUCAUUCCACUAAAGCUCUGAUGUUAUCUAUCAAAAUAAAAAUCCUUUAAAUUUACUUUCAAAAUAUUAAAAGUAUAUUAUCAUCAAUGUAAGCAACCCAUAUAAUAUAUGUUAUUUACAUAUAAAAACCUAUAUGGCACACAGUGGAGCCACCUGUGUGCUUUAUGAUAAAUAGAAAUGUAUAAUUUCAUUAUAUUAAAUUUUUCAUAAUAAUUAGUCGUUAGGGAUGUUUCGGAAUAUGUUAGGAAUGUGAAAAUUUCUGAUGAGAAUUCGACUUUAUAUUAAUAACACUUACUUUCAAUUUGGGCCCACUGUGUGGAAUGCCAAACGCUCCGACAUAAACUUUAAAUAUUUGCUGGUUCAAAAUUCAGGUUAUAUAUUUACAAUCACAGAAAGAUACAAUUGGUUUUUUUUGUGUUAUAAUAGUACUUAUUGCAUGUUAAAAAAGUAAAUAAGUCAAAGUAUAACAAUGUCUUUAUUUUACUCAUGAACAUGUUGCGAUUAUAAGAAACUUAUUUAGUAAUAUUAUAAUGUUGACUGAUUUGGUUAAGUAACUUUAAUUUCUACGCUGAUUUAUGAUAAUUGUGUUCAAUUAUAUACGUCUUUUGCCGUGGCACAGACAAAAAAAUAGCGUUAUUUAUAAAGCAUGUGAUUUUGUCCAAUAUUUUUAUUUUUCAGGACAGUUAUAUAAUCAGAUAACAUGUAUAAUUCGUGAAUUCUAUGUAAUAGUCCAUUUGUUUAGGUACUUAACUAAAUGUAAACAAUCUUGAGGUGUCUAUUUAUUGAAAUAUACAUUUAUGAAAUUAUUUUUACUUACCUUCAAAAACAAAUACUUAGUUUCGUAUUAAAUU